AUGAUAGAUUCCCUCCUAGUUAGAAGUGCUGCCUGGACAAACGGGGAAGAGUACAAGGACGAGUAUUCCGAGCGCAUCAAUCAGAUUUCUGAUCUCAUCAACAAAGAGGGCCUGGUUGAUUUCGCGUCAUCGCUUCGGGAUAAUCAGCCAUGUACUCUUUCUGACAAACUUUCUGUCGGGAACUUCAAUUUUGUGCUCAAAAUCGAGUUCACCGACGGUGUUGAAUGGGUUGCAAGGCUGCGAAUGCCUCCGAUGCCGGAAUCUUCUUCUACUUUAGUGAAUGAAAAGAGGAAGGCUUUACGAGAGAUGAAGUCCGAGCUCGCGACUAUGGAGUUUGUGCGCCAGAAGACAGAUAUUCCGAUACCUAGAGUGUAUGCUUAUAAGCUCGAUGAGAACAAUGCCGUGGGAUGUCCUUUUUCUAUUAUGGAGUAUAUCCAUGGUAAUACUGCUGAGGAAAUGUCUCAAUUAUAUCCCGGCGACCAUGAAGGUAUCCUAGCAGAGUUUGAGGAAAACUUCUGGCACCAACUCGCCCAAUCAAUGAUUCGUCUCGCCUCAGUCCGUUCUGCCACUGAGUUCUACGCAAAUUACCCUCUGGCGCUAAGCAAAAGCCUCGGAGAAAGGUCAGUCGGUGGUCAAAUAGGACUAGUGCAAGAAUUCCGAGCUAUCGCUCAAUCCUUUGGAGCACAGGGUUCUCAAAAUGGAUUUGGUCUUGCUCACUACGAUCUUAAUGCGAAUAAUAUUCUAGUGGAUCGGUCAUUUAACAUUCUCGCUAUCAUUGAUUGGGACUCUGUUAUAGCAUUCCCCGAUGCUGCCCUCUACCGCGUCCCCUUUUUGCUGGGUAUGGACUGCCCUGUCCCUGGGGUUAUAGAAACACCCCCCCCGUAA